AAAAGAACGAAUGGAAAUGGUUGGCGAAGGAAAUUGAAGGAAAUCCUUGGACUGCUGCGCUUUUCAUUGUAAUUUUGUGUAAAUAAAAUUUAGGAUAUUUGUUUUGUAAUAAGUACUUAAAUGUUAUCAGUGGACUAUUUUUGUUGCUAUAAUGUCAAAUAGUUCGAUUGAGGGGAAACUGAAAGGUUUACAAGAACGUUUCGAAAAUGAAAUGCGUAUUCGAAGAGAAGGUGGUUUCAACAACCAAGGUGGAAUUGGGACUCCCAGGCCGGGGGGUGGCAGGACCAGGCCGAAGCCCCCAUCAAUGUUUCCCACCAGAAACAUAACAGAGUUCCCACCGAGGUCACCACAGGCUUCAGAGACUGAAUACAGAAUGAGAGAGGUUUAUAAGGUUAGUGGCAAGCUGAAUGUGGACGGCGUGGAGUACAGAUCACACGUGGACGACCUGCAGCAGCUGGGCGAGCUGGGCAGCGGCACCUGCGGCCAUGUCGUCAAGAUGCUGCACAAACCUUCCAACACUGUCAUAGCUGUUAAGCAAAUGCGACGUUCCGGUAACUCAGAAGAAACAAAACGUAUUCUAAUGGACUUGGACGUAGUGGUCCGUUCCCAUGACUGUCCGUACAUCGUGAGGUGUUUAGGCUGCUUCGUCACCGACGCUGAUGUAUGGAUCUGCAUGGAGCUGAUGGCUUCCUGCUUCGAUAAGCUGCUCAAGAGGCUCGGAGCACCAAUACCUGAGGCUAUUCUGGGGAAGGUCACUGUAGCGACGGUGAACGCGCUAUCGUACCUGAAGGACACGCACGGCGUGAUCCACCGCGACGUGAAGCCGAGCAACAUCCUGCUGGACGAGCGCGGCAACGUCAAGCUCUGCGACUUCGGCAUCAGCGGCCGCCUCGUCGACUCCAAGGCCAAGACCAGGAGCGCCGGCUGCGCCGCUUAUAUGGCUCCGGAGCGGAUAGACCCGCCGGACCCGACGCGGCCGGACUACGACAUCCGCGCGGACGUGUGGUCGCUGGGCAUCUCCCUCGUCGAGCUCGCCACCGGAGUCUUCCCCUACAGAGACUGCCAGAACGACUUCGAAGUGCUCACUAGGGUAAUAGCGGAUGAUCCCCCACAGCUACCAGACACGGAUGACUUCACACCAGAGUUCAAAUUAUUUGUGUCCCAGUGCCUAACAAAGAACUACAGACAGCGUCCCAAGUACGCGAAGCUUCUAGAACAUCCGUUCGUAGUGAAAUCCGCGCGGAGUUCCAUAUCAGUGGGGGCGUGGUACGCCUCCCUCUCCAUAUCAGGGGGCGGGGCUAAAGGCACGGUGACGUCACAGACCACGCCCACGCCGACCAAUGGCGUGGAGACGCCCGUGACUCCGCAACCAGUGAGGAACUUCGUGACUAGCUCGCAACAUUGGAUGGAGCAGGUUACUCCAACGCCUGCGAGAGCGUGGUGGGCGACGGCCGGCAACGCGAACGCAGGCGGCAGCAGUUCGCAGCCGACUAGCUUAGAGACUGACAUGUCGAACCACUCACCGUAUCCUAGGAGAAGAACAAUAGACGCGUGCGCAUCCCCCCCUCCCCCACCAGUGCGUAGAGUAUCAGCUGAUAAUCGCUGGCGUGCGUCCCCCGCGAGCUCGGGUAACACUAGUCCUAUAGUACUGCAGAGGUUUUACCAUCAGAACCAGCAGAGGAGAUCCAGGGUCGACCUCCAUUCUACUCCUAGGCAUAGAAGUUUAAGUAGAGAGCACAGUACGGGGCGGUCGCCCGAGCCCCCGCCGCGGACCAGUCGGCAGCACCAAAUGUUAGGACAUGAAGCAAACGGCAGCACUACGGAACUAGAGCCGCCGGCGCUACACGAGAGAUUGCACCCACCGUCGCCCUUACUACUCAAUGAUAGGCUAUCGGAAGGCCGCAGCCAGAGCCUGACCCGCGCGGAGCUCCGCAACGGGUACCGCGCGGAGCCCGCGCCCCCCGCCCCCCACAAGCACCACCACGACGACCAGGCGCGCAGAGACAACCACCAUCCACAUCAUCUGCAGCAUAGAUGGGGUAACAGCGAAAGUUGGAGUAUGCCGGCGUCCCCCCUGCCCCCGCGCGCCCCGCCCCCGCGGCCCGCGGACUAGCGCCCGGCCCGCGCCCCGCCCGCGCCACCCAGCACUUACAGCGCUGCCUGCAUCGCUACCUCGCUCAGUUGCCCUUGAAAAAGCGGAACUAUAUGAACUAAGGAAGCUGUCAACACAGAAAAAUGAAGCUCACAAGCUCUGGUUACGUUUGCCAAUCAAUUUUGGACUCUAUUGCUUACACGAUAAGAUACAUUAAUAAAUGCAGCAAAUAUUCGUUUUGCGUUUAAGCAAUAGAGUUCAAAAUUGAUUAAGUUUGUGAUAGGGGUUUGUUUUGUUGAGUAAUGCAGUGAAAUAAGUGACUGGUGCCAUAAUGUUCCCGCAACCAAUGUUGUUCAACGUUCUACACUGUAUAACUAUCGAUAGUGAAUAUAUAGGAGAAGGCACGACGGCUUUGUAUUUUAUUACUGCUUAAGGUACCGUUUCAUUGCACGCGACUGAAAUACUCGACUUGAAUUACGUCGUUCUGCAAUCUGAUUUAUACACGUUGUAGUCGGAUGUUAGUAGAAUUACAUCGUAGUAAAUGUAACUUUAUUUCAAAGUAAUAAGAGUGAUUUUUGUAGUCCAUAUCGACUACAGCUUAAUUGCAGUAGCGUCAGCCUACAAUACAUACGUAUUUAAAGUGCCUGAUUUAAGACUGAGAACAAUAAAAAUAGUCCAUUGAUAACUGCGAGUUUAUUAAAACAAACUACCUCUAUGUAUGUGAUUUACUCCUCGGACUUUGUAACAGUCUUUUAAUGAGCAAUUAAAAAAAAAAUAGUCGCGAUUCAGUCGCGUGAGUGAAACUGCACCUUUAUUAUAAAUAGUCAAAAGGCCGCGCAGUAUUUAAGCGGCGGUGUUCGGCUUAACGCGUGAUAAUAGUUACUUAGCAUGUUCAUAGUACACGUUCAAAUACAUAUUUUGGAACAAAAACACGUUUAGUAGUUAGAAUGGGAGUUUUAGUAUGGAGUUGUGACGUCAUAGUGAUAUAUUUUGGGAUAUACUACUUAAUACUGUGGUUGCAAAUGGUCUGACUGCGGUGGUUGGACUUGGUAUGAUGUUUCGAUCGUUUUAUAUAAAUCUUGGACUGGUUCUUUACAAUACGAUUUUGAAUUAUACAGGAAUUUAUUCGCCGCGGACUGCCUAGCUGGUUAUGGGGGUUCCGGCUCGAUAAGUUUGAUUUCACCGUAAUUAGAUUAAACACAGUCUCGUAGCAAUUGUUUUUGAUACAAAAUCGUUACUAGGCUAGUUUAAGUAAUAGUUCUCUUUGCGGCUAAAUAUUUUGGGUUGUUUCUUAAAUAUUUUGGAUUGUGUAAACUACAGAACAUUUGUAAUCACAGAUAAUUCUACGUAUGAUUAAAUUAAAACAAUGUUCACGGGCUAUGCAGGCUACUUUAUUGGUGCAUAUUAUGUAUCAUAUGUAUUAGUACUUUUUGUUUCAAAGAUAAAUAAGAAAAUAACUUAUACAAUACAUUGUUGGCAUUUGGUUCAUUGAUUGCAAGUACAACUGGUAAACGUCAUCACUUGGAUCUAAACCAAGAAAUUAAUACUUUAAAUAAUAAAAAAAACAUAUAUUAAUUACUAACAUACGAUUCGAUAUACAUAAAUGGUAAUAAAAAGAUAAAGAGUUCCUAAUUGUUUACUUCUAAUACGUGAUAGGCGUACAUAGACAUGUGUAGUAUGCACCAAUAAAGUAAAUCCUGCUAUUGUAACCGAAUCCGAGCAGUGUAGCUUUGACAAUAUGUAUGUAUUCUACGUAUUGAAUGGAAUUGAGUACUGCCAGGCAAAGUGCUGUUGUGCUUGUAACAAGAUUAUUAAUAUUAAACUGUUGAUUGGUUAAUUGAAUUAUGCAGUGUUAUUAAAAAGUUUAAGAAAAUCGGAUAGCUUUUUGUAAAAGACCUUCAAAAAGACCAGUGAAAUUUCAAAAUUAAUUAGCAAUGCAAAUUACUGAGGCUUUUUCGGUUUUUUCCAAAAUUUCUCAGUAAUAGCACAGAGUCUGGAAUUGUACCCAGUAUAUGGCAAUAGGCACACCCCUUAUUACAUGAGACUUAUAAUACAUUGUAUAGUGGCAUUAAGUGCUGUUAUUUGCAGGUGCACCUCUGCCUACCCACUCGGGGUAAAAGGCGUGACGUUUAAUAUGUAAUAUCUACUAUUGAGUAAUCUAGUUAAAUCCAAAGAUUUAACUAGAUUACUAUCUAAAUAGCAGUUUAGAACUUGUGACGAGCACAAUAGCACUCAGCCUAUUCGAAAGCACCACGUGUUGGGGGUUGUAUUCCUAUUCGACAAUCAGAUAGUAAUAGAUACGGUUUCUAUAAUAAAUGUAAAUAUCAUGUAUAUUUUAUCCUAAGAGACAGAUAAUGCAAUUUUUAGCAAGGUUAUUUUAUUUUGUAACAUAUUAUUUGCGAACGCUCUGGUUAGAUUUGGAUUAAUUUUAAUCAGAAUUUCAUUAAAAGUACUUGUGACUUUCUUUUUCAUAGUUUCUGAUAUAAGUACAAAUGUUGAAAUGACACUUUUUCUUGCUUUUUAAUGUAUCUUUGGUUUUGAAGUAUUUGUUGAAUGUCUAUAUGUAACCAGUGCGCGCAACCAAACGAAUGAAGUUGUACUUUUGUCUUGUAACAAAUAGAGCGUCUUCGAGUUUACAGCUUAUAUAUUAUUUUUAUUACGUGUAUAAAUAUAAUUCUAGUUGUUAAAUGUACAUUUUCUUUUUUUAAUAUUUUGACCAAAUGUAUAGAAUUAGAUUAAAAUCGGAUAUAUUUUUUUGUUCGCUUAGAAUGUACGAGUGUUGUAACUCGACUAUCUUGACUUUAGUCGAAUAGUUGAUUUAUUUAGUCGAUUCAGUCAACUAAGUUGGACGUAUAGAUUUUUUGAAUGCUUAGUGUUGUCGAUUAGGGUCGAUUUAGUUGACUGAAUCGAUUCGUACAGUAAUGUACUAUAAGCAAACGUGAAGUUUUGGAUAGUUUUUGUUCAAAUGUUUUUUUUUACAAUUUACCUUUGUUUUAUAUUAACAUGAACCUUAUUUACAGUGAAUAUGAGCCAUAAUCAUAUGUACACGAGCAUCAAUUUGUCAUGUAAUACUCUAGGUACAUAUUUAAAGCAAUUGCUUGGGAUUACAGAAACUAUCCGUUUAAAUGCUAUUUGAAGCAACGUUUGUGAUUAGCACCGCGUGUCCCACGCUGGGCGCCAACACUCGGGUGAUCAGUCGCAAGUCUAAACAUGUCUAUUUUCUCAAAUCUUUUAUUUCUUUAACUAUUUAUUAAUUUCCAACUUCUUUUUCGUAAAUAUUACUUACUGUGUUUCUAUUUUCUUUUUUUUAUUUUGUCAAAAAGACUUGUCACUGAGCAAGCGACACUGGCGCCCUCUAGUCCGCGCGCCACCUUACGUGCAAUCGCGUUAGUUAAGGCGAGACUAUAUUUAAAUAAAUCUAUUUAAUAAACAACGAUUAACUUGUUUUUUAUUAUAUUAUUGCAAUAAUUAUUAUUUUAUUGUGUAUUAUAUGGAUCAAAUUUUA